AUGACAACUGUGUUCCCUGCAAAAACGGACACUUCUACUUCCGUUUUCAAAACUGACCCCACCAACAUGACUGAUGCACCUAGUUCUAUCAGCACUGGAACCAUCCCCAUUAACACGGAUUUCACGAGCACACAAAGACCCACCAGUGGCACCUGGAUCAGCACCAACUUUGUAACUACCCCACGUGUGCCCGGCUCCACUAGCCUCCCAGUGACCAUGAAACCAAGUAGCAGCUUUUCAACUGCCAUGAUGACUUCAAGCAAGCUGACACACCCCAUCCCACCCAUCACCAGCACUCCAGGGAUACCGGCGGCUACCACCAAGACUCUCUCCACACUUACAUCACCCAGGACAACUUCGACCACGACUCAGAUGACCACACAGUCUAGGUUGACCACCACCCCAGGCACUUGUGACAAUGGUGGCACCUGGAUGCAGAACCACUGCUCCUGCCCCAGCACUUUCUCUGGCUCCCGCUGUGAGUUUGCUGUGGAACACAUAGAUAUGGACAAAGUGGACACUGAAGUGGGCAUGGAGGUUUCUGUCAACAAGGAGUUCUCCCCGGACCUCAGUGACAACUCUUCUAAGGCCUACAGGGAUUUCACGGACACCUUCCGGGAUCAGAUGAAGAAGAUUUACCAAAAUGUGCAGGGGUUCAAGGAGGUGGUGAUCCUUUCUCUGAGGAAUGGCAGCAUUGUUGUGGACUAUGUGGUCCAGCUGGAGUUACCCUUCAGCCCCCAGCUGGAGAGCGAGUAUGAGAAGGUGAAAGUGGCCCUGAAGGAGGAGCUCCAGAAUGUCAGCCAGAAUGAGACCGGCUGCCAGAAGGACCAGGUCUUGUGUUUUAAGCCUGAUUCCAUCAAGGUGAACAACAACACCAGGACGGAGCUGUCCCCGGAAGCCAUCUGUCGCAACGCUGCUGCCGUGGGCUACGAGGAUUUCUACUUCCCCUUGGUGAAGGAGAACAAGCUCCGCUGUGUCACCAAAUGCGCGGCGGGCGUGGACGGCGCCCUCGACUGUCGUCAGGGCCAGUGCGUUCUGCAGAGGACAGGUCCUUCUUGCCGCUGCUUCUCCACGGACACGCACUGGUUCUCGGGCCCGCGCUGCGAGGUGGCCAUCUCCUGGAAGGCGCUUGUCGGAGGCCUGGCGGGGACCGCGGCGCUGCUGCUGCUGCUGCUGGUGGUGGCGCUGAGCAUCUUUGUCGCGCGCUCGUGGAGGAGGGGCGGCCAAGGCGGAGGCCUGUCCUGUGACGACAGGAAGUGGUUCGAGACCAGUGAUGAGAACACCGUGGGGACUUUUUCUAACUCGGGCUUCGAGGAUGACAGAACAAGUAAAGAUGAAAACUUCUAUGUGGCCUUGGAGAACGUGGACACUAAUAUGACGUUGCACUUCCACAAACCUGAGGUGACCUUGACCUCACUGUGAGCCCCACACUGCCUUCUCCACGCUGCCCUGGACAGUGGAGGGAACCAUCUGCACUGCCUUUGAAGAGAUGGCCGUGGACUCCUGAGGUUCAGUCUCCUGGUUUCCUUGGGCAGCAUCAGACUUCCCCCUGACCCCUAUCCUUCUCCCGACUUGUGUGAAACCCACCUGGAGACCCAGUUCAAAUCCAGGCUCUUCCACUGUGGGACCUUGGGCAAGUCAGUCACUUCUCUGAACCUCGGUUUUGUCACCUGUAAAAUGAGUGUGGCCCACUCGUCCUGAUACCUUGUGGGAUUACUGUGAAAACCAGAUGUGCUUGGUCAGACCUCUGUCCCAAUGCACCUUCCUGUGUUGGCCCUCAUGCUUAUAUGGCUUCUCUGAGAUCCCCAAUCCCCAUAUCCUUCCCCAGGGCUCAGGCCUCCAUUUCUCCUUUUCCUGUGUUCACCCCUACUGCCGGGUCCUCGCAGUGUACAUGUAACCAGCCUGCAGCCUGCCCCAUCCUCCUACCCUCUCCUUAUAUAACUCCCCGCUGCACCCCUUGCCCCCAUCCCUUAAACUUUCUCCCCUCUGAACCCAUCUCUUAAGUCACUCCUCCCCCACACCCCAGCGCCCAGCCCUGCAUCUCCCCCACUUUCCGUGCUUUCCCCUUCCCCAUCCUUGUACCCUCAGCCCUAAAUACCCCCCUGCCCCCCGCAUCUCAAUGCCCCAGUCCUAAUUCCUCCCUCCUACUCAUCCCCCAUCCCUAGCUAGGUGCAGAUGCCCUCUGCAUCUUAGGACCCCCAGGUCGUGCUCCCUCGGCCAGGUCCCCCAUUCUGAGGCUCCAUUAUUCCUGUCACCCCCCAAGGCCCUGGAUCCCGGUGGGUGGGAGUGGGAGGUAGGUUUCCCCAGGUCCCUGAGGAUGAGAGGAAGUGGGGUCCUGAGGCAGGAAAGCUCCUCCAGCGCCUCCUCCUCAUUCCCCUGACUCUCCCUCCCCUCCCUCAGUGCUUCCCCCGCCCCGUUCCUACCCCCUUCCCCGCCCCUUCCUCCCUUCCUCUCCCUGGUCUCACCCCCAUCCCUGCAAUAACAUCUGAAGACAGAAGCCCCCAGCCUCCUUUGCAGGAAGACCUCACUCACCUGGGGACAGGAAGUCUGCAAGU